AGAAAUCUUCUUCAACACCAAGGGAGUAAUCAGUUUAUGGAAAAUAUAUUCCCACUUUACAGUUUAUUUGGAUUCAUUGUCUUACAUAUGCUCAUGUAUGCUGGGGACAUAUACUUCUGGAGGCGAUACCGCAUAAAUUACCCCUUUAUAUUUGGCUUCAAGCAAGGAACAGAACUUGGUUAUCGAGAAGUUCUCCUCCUUGCUUCAGGCAUUUUUGUACUUGCUUUGGCUGCUGUUCUCUCGCACUUGGAUAUGGAAAUGGACCCUGUAACAAGAACUUAUAAGGUGCUCACCGAGUCAGUUCCAUUGAUCCUGAUUUCUGUUCUGCUAAUAAUAACAUUCUGCCCUCUCAACAUCGUGUAUCGAUCAAGUCGUUUCUUCCUCAUCAGAUGCGCCUGGCACUGCAUCUGUGCUCCUCUUUUUAAAGUGACCCUGCCUGAUUUUUUCUUGGCAGAUCAACUUACCAGCCAGGUUCAGGCCAUCAGGAGCUUUGAAUUCUACAUCUGUUACUAUGGAUGGGGAAACUUCAGACAAAGAUUAAACAAAUGUCAGGACAGUGAUGUGUAUCAAAUCUUUUAUAUAAUUGUAGCAGCAAUCCCAUUCGUUGUUCGGUUACUUCAGUGCCUUCGUCGCUUGUUUGAGGAGAAAGACAAUAGCCAAGGGCUGAAUGGUCUCAAGUACUUCACAACAGUGGCUGCACUGGUGCUAAGAACACUGUAUGAGCUAAAGAAAGGAACAACUCUGAAAGUCCUGGCAGCAGUCUUUUCAGGGAUCACGACCAUCACCAAUACGUACUGGGACAUUGUUAGAGAUUGGGGUCUGUUGCAGAGGAACUCCAAGAACCCUUGGUUGAGGGACAAGCUCCUUGUUCCAAACAAGGCUGUCUACUUUGUUGCAAUUGUGGUGAACAUCAUUUUGAGGCUGGUAUGGAUGCAAAUGAUUCUGGGUUUUAAAGUUCCAUUCCUCCAUAGGAAAGCCAUGACUGCCGUUGUUGCCUGUCUGGAAAUCAUCCGCCGCGGCAUUUGGAACUUUUUCAGGUUGGAGAAUGAGCAUCUGAAUAACGUUGGAAAAUAUCGAGCGUUCAAGUCUGUGCCAUUGCCAUUUAACCAUGAAGUGGACAAGAGCAUGUAGCUCUUGACAAAUGACAAUGUCUCUUUUGCCUUGUUUUUAUCUAUUUUUUUUCGGAAUCCUUUUUUGUAUAUUGUCAUUUAGUAAAAUAUCUGUUUUAAUGGACCAAA